AUGGCCAUCGACGGACUCAUCAUCCUCGAUAAUUCGGGGCGAGCAAUAAUUCAAUCCGGCUUUCGUUCCAAACCUCUAGCGUACCCACUUCUCCACAUCGAUGCUUUCAACACCGCAGUCGCCAAGUCUCGUCGAGCAGGAGAUAUAGAGCCCGUCAUAUACGUCCCAGCAUAUAAUGUUGCAGAGUCUCCGAGUGCCUGCUGUCAUGUUGAAUGCGCCGAUAUAAGGAUACUCUGUCCAGUCAGUGACGAUGGGGAUCCACUUUUUGCAUUUUCGUUCAUUCGAACCUUCGUCGACAUUCUCUACGAGUACUUUGGCACGCCUUCUGCUGCCACACUGAAAGAUAAUUUUGACGUCGUUUAUCAACUGCUCGAAGAGACCCUGGACUCGAGUGGUCAACCACUUACGACAUCCCCAAAUGCAUUGAGGGACAUAGUUCUGCCUCCGUCCCUCUUAUCCAAACUGUUGAGCGUCGCCGGUGCCAAUCUUACAUCUGCAAUCAACGCAGGCUCGAGUAUUGGCGGUCCAUUCUCGUCACCGAUACCGUGGCGUAAGGCCGGCUUGCGGUAUACGAGUAACGAGAUUUACUUUGACAUGGUGGAGGACCUAAAAGCGAUUGUCAACAAACACGGAACUACGCUCAGCAGCAGUGUCUGGGGUCGGAUGGAAACUAACUGCAAACUCUCUGGAACCCCCGAUUGUCUGUUGAGUUUCACCAAUCCUCAUGUCAUCACGGAUUGCGCCUUUCACCCAUGUGUGCGGCUACAACGUUGGAAGAGAGACAGCUCUUUGUCAUUUGUCCCCCCGGAUGGCCAUUUUACUUUGGCAGAAUACCGUUUCACACCGAGCGCCUCAGCAACCACUGCACGAUUCACGAAUCCCAACGCACCAACCGUCUCAUCGAGAGAGAAUAUUCCGCUUCCCUUUCUUGUCAAAGCGAAUGUCGAGUUCGCCGAGUCGAGCGUCUCCUUCGAGUUCAAGUUGACUUCACGUAUGCCAUCGCACACACUCGAUAAUGUUGUCGUGGAGAUGUUCCUCGGCGAUGGGGCAACGGGUGUCAAGGGUUCAACAAGCCGCGGCGAUGGCGGCAAUGCUGGCCUGAGAGGAAGCGAUGGAUCUAAUUCAGUGACGGGGUCUUGGACCUUCGACUCGCGAAAAACGGCUGUGCGCUGGGAAAUCUCCCAAGCACUUCCUUCAAGCGUCUGGUUACUCCGCGGAUCGUAUAGCUGCUUGAAUGGGGUGCCACGACCCGCCCAUGCUCUCCAAAUUCGCUUUGAUAUUGCCUCGUAUACGUUUUCGGCGCUCAAAGUCGACCAGCUCAAGGUUACUGGGGAGAACUACAAACCAUAUAAGGGCGUGAGAGGUCGUUCAUCUGGUAGUAUUGAAUGGCGGUGGUAG